GACCUGGAAUACACUCAGAAGAAGCAAUCCAGAAAAUGGAUGGAACACAAAAUAUUUUAGAGUUAUGGUAGUAAAACUACAGUACUUUCGAUGAUCAGAUGUUUUUGUGGUUAAAACGCAAUCGUCAACCGCUUUGUUGUUUCUUCACUCUUACUUUGAAAACAACACUCCGUUUUCCGGUGUUGUUGUGUUUGAAUUAUGAUUGACUUGUCAAAGAUGACAGUUGUCGUCACAACAUCAACAGCAUCUUGGAGCAAAAAACGGUUCAACACCGAAUGAUUAAUAUUGUGUCAAUAUCAUCCGCGUACAUAAUGCCUGCCACACGGGCUUCGACAAAAACGUUGACGACGUGUGCUUGCUAACGCAAGCGGUCUGGAUAGUUAGCAUGCAAAGCAGCUAGCACGGUGUGUGCUGCCGACGAGGCCUGCUGAAGCCGGCGGAAGAGCUUCGUGAGCGCGGAGAACCUCGCCCGGGACCCACUCGCAACCUCCGCACCGCCAGUGUGAUGGAGGCGGUCCCGUCUGAACCUUCCGGCAUGGCGGUCGACCUAUCCAAGGGCUUCUCCGCGCCACCCCGAACCCGAAACCAGUGCACCCCUGCCUUGGAUCUCGCCGCCAAGCCUGAGUGGUACCAGGCCCGCUCACGUGUCGACUCCUCGUACAGAAACAGAAGCUAUGAUGGUGAUAGCGGCGUGGAGCCGAAAUAUGUGAACGCCACGCUCCCGCCGGGUAUGUACCGCGAUGAUGACCCGUGGUGUCCCGCCUUCUACCAGACGGACGCCAGCUGCGAGGACGACAGCGAUAGCGGCUCGGACGUCAUCGUUCUGCUGGCGGCCGCCAAGGAGCCGCUUCUCUGCGCCUCCUUUUUGUCCGAUGGCGUGCGCCGCAUUGUGGAGCCGCUAUCGCCCGCGCCAUCCUCGCCGGGAUGCUGCCAGCAAACUCUCAGCUCGCAGAGUAGCGAUAGCUCGUCAUCGGAAGAAGAGGAAGCGGAGGAGGAAUCGGAAAGCUCGGCGGACAUUCCGCCACAUCACGCGAGACCCGUCGUCCUCCUUGCGGACCUUAGCAUCGACUACGCCGGCACCGUGGACUCCCGCGCUGACACGUUGAGUGACGACAGCGACAUCGUAGAAGUCCCUGUCACCCAAACCGCCCCAAAGAGACCGUUAUUUCCCUGUAAUAAAAUUCAAGAAAAAUCUGCCGCCGUUGAAUGCAAGCGCAGCGUCAGAAUAAGGUCACAUCUUGAGCAGGUGCCCCCGUCGUCGCCCCGCCCGGUGCGGUGCCAUCUUGCUAGAAGUGUAAAGAAAGACGCGAUGGGCGUUUAUUACGAAAGCUGCGACUCUGACGACGCCUUGGGAUAUGCGCUGGAGAGCGACGACGAUGCUCAGCAAGGCCACACCGCCAGUGAAUCCAACGACUCUCACCAACGCUGCACGGUCAACCAAUCUCAUGAGGAACUUCAACGCCUCGCUCCGAUGGGGAAAAUUGAGGACGCUGCAGAAACUGAUAAUAAUCACCGUCAUGUUGUUAACAAAUCAAACGGCUCUCGCCGAUGCCGUGCCGCCGACAAAUCCGACAGCGAAGCUGAUGAUGCUCGCCAACUCCGCAAAGCCAGAAAAAAUGUUCCCCAACAUCAUUCAGCCCAAAAAAUAGGCAACUCUCAGCAGCGCCGCGCCUCCAACAAAUCAGCAGACGCCGGCAGAGGUUCAACUCAACGAAAGCCAUCGGCGGUUGCAAAAAAAUCCGUGAAGAGACGACGGCGUAAUCGUAGAGCGUGGUUUCCACCGUCGUCUCUUUUCUCGCCUCCGGAGCCUGAAAUCAAGUUAAGGUGCACCGUCGAGCAAAAACCAGCCAAGAAGAAGAAGAAGACGUCGGACAACUUUUGUCCGUUUGUGCGAGUUCACUGGCGUGCCGGCUCGCAGCGUAAUGAUGUGACGGUGGUCAACCAACAGGAGCAGCGGGACGUCCCACAGCAAAAACAAAGCAUCGCCGUCCUUUCUUCUGGCAUCAUCCCCAAUGCUUCCCGUUUCCGUCCGGGACGACUUAACGGCACCUGUGUCGGCGCCGCGCCGCCACUGUGCUGCCUGUGCGGCGGCCAGGCCAACGCCAACGGGCUGGGCGAUCUUCAUGGGCCGUAUCUACCCGCGACGGUCUCGCUCGCCAAGCUGCCAGACUGUCGCGACGACGACGACGACGACGACGGCGAGCGCUGGGUCCAUUCGGACUGCAGCGUGUGGAGCAGCAGAGUGUUCCUGGUGCGAGGGAACCUGUACGGCCUGCAGGAGGCGGAGCAACUGGCGCGCCACACGAUAUGCUGCUGGUGUCAUCAAUCAGGUGCUAUUAUGGGAUGUUCGCACAAAGGAUGCACCGAAUAUUUCCACUACGCGUGUGCUCGACCCGCAGGUUGUGUGCUAAACGAGGAGAACUUGUCACUACGAUGUUCACGACAUCCCUUGGGAAGAGGCCAACAACAGCAGCAUGAAGGACACACACAGUCAGAGAAAAAGUUGGCGAGCGGGGCGGCGUCACGUCAGGUGACGGACAAGGGCGACCGCUCUCAUCACUGACAAGCGACUGACACACGAUUGACACAUGGAGUCACAUGACUCCACACAGGACUCCAGAGUAAUCAGAUCAAAGUUCCUCAGGAGGCGGGGCAUUCUCUGACCGUGCCCACUGCCCUGUGACAUCAUCAAAACCAGCCUGCACAUGAGUGUCCAUCAAGCUUCACGGUGACACCAUGUCGAGCUUCACAAAGGUUUCAGUUCACUGAUCAACUGCAAAUUUUGAAUCCAAGGUGCCUUCAUGUGUCUCAAAACGUAUUUUUGACACUUGUUUCAACAAUGUUUUUACAUUUUUCGAGCACAUCAGGUUUAUGAGACUUUUUUUGUUGAAGCUUGACCUCUAAAAGCUUUCACAAUACAGAUUUUACCAUGCGUUGUCAAUAAAAGGUGUGACAUUUCAGAGAAAUUUCCUGAUGCUAAACCUAACCCUUAAUUCAUGAAUACAUUUUUAUAUUUUGUGUAUGUAUGCUGCAUUACUUGUCAUAUUAUUGUUCUGAAAACCUGAUGCGCUCGGAAAAAAAUAGGGGAAAUUCUGAAUCGGCGCAAAAAGAUCAUCUAGAAAAGUUAACUUGCACACCUGAUUUAAACAUUUAAAUUUGUUGACCAAGUGUUAUUUAUAAGCGUUCAGAAGUUCAGUAUUUUUAUUGUCAUCGCUGUUGCUGGGAUACACAUCACACACAUUCGCCAUGCCAUCUUUAAAACACACACGUGAUGAUGUCACAUCUGAUUUUUACGCUUGUUGGAAGAUCAAAAGCAGUCCAUCACUUUUGAAUAGAGAUCCAUUCCAUGUUUAGCUUUGAAUGAAUGAGCACGUUGUUGCUGCUGCAUUUUAUUAUGGCCCUGGACACCAAUAAAUGACACGACAAUGAAAGAA